CUUGUAUCCAGUCGCUCACCGUCUUGCUUCUUUACUAUAACAAUGCCCAAAUUCCCUUGGGAUGUGUUCUCCGCCAACACAUUGCGUCCCAUGGUUGCAGAUAUCCUACGACAGCGUCAGGGAAAUGGCCCUGCGCCCAAGCUGGACAAGCAGGAAUCACUUCAGCUGCUACAAAAGAUCGAGUCGGAUGGACUGAACUCGGCUCUCAGAAGUCUGUCCGCACAAUCGAAAGAAUCCAAACAAUCAACGAGAAAGCGAAAACAGGAAGAGCCACCUGUUGAGGAAGCCAGGCCAAGCCGCAAACGAGGAAAACAGGUGCUUGAGUCUCCGGAGCCCUCGAUUUCGGCGCCAGCCAGGAUGUCGCUCCGUUCUCAGAAGACUGAUGCGCCGGAGCCGGCCCAUUCUCGUUCACUCGUUUCAAGUACCGCUAUCAGUGUUGGAAGAAGCACCCGCCGAACUCAAAUCGCGCCAGUGCAUACCUCAGCACCCGAAGAAGCGAGGAAGACCAGAACAUGGCGUGUCCUUGAGAAAGCCUCCGAGCCAUUCUUGUCGCCCUCCAAGCGCCAAAGAGUGCCGAGAAUUCUAUCUUCACCCCAGCCUCUAAUCGCAUCCAAGCGGACAUCCAGAGCAGCUGGCAGGAAGAAAUCGACCUCGACUAUAACCACCAGCCAUGGAAUGUCCACAGUGACAAGAGGGGUCGGCAGGAAGACCAAGGCCAAGGUCAUCGGCACUGCGAGACCUCCUCGACUGUCGCGAGCCGCUCGGAAGUCCGUGAGCAGCAAACCUGCUUCUGUGUUCGACGGAGUGGAACUCUUGCGCGCAAAGCGGCUGGCUGGCGGGAACGAGGCGACCACAGCGGACGAGGAGAACCCUGCAGGUGGACAUGAUGGGGAUGAGGACCGAGACGCCGAGGGGGAUGUCGAGGCCGACGUUCCUCAGGCAGACCAUCAAUUUGACGCCUCGAGCUCUGAGAUGUCGAAUUCGAACAAAGAGAACGAAGCGGAACCGAGUACUUUGACGGGUAUUGCGGAUGCGGAAACACCUAGGACUGAUCUUCUUGAUGAUCUGCUGGUGUCAGAAGGCACUCCUGCGCCGCAAAUAGGUGUGUCACCUGUGGAAGCACGGGACAUUGGGCUGGCAACGGGAUCCCCGACACCACAUAUAAACGUCGAAGCUAUGGGGUCGGAAGAAAAUCAGGUACAUCACCCGAUGCAGCCUGGUGGAAGUAAUAUUACAGCGAAUUUGUUGACAAUCCAAACUCAAGGUGCUCGCGCCACAAGCGUUGAUUUGAAUCCCGAAUACAGCAUCCAAGUGUUCUCCCCGGGCAGCGUUCAACAUAAUCCAGACGAAGAGCAGUGGGUUCCAGAUCGUUUCCAAGACGGGCAUCCAGCUGGCCCGACCUCAGCAGGCGGCGGUCUCGCGGCCUUGGAUUGAUGAUUAGGCGUGGAACCCAUAUACGGCCUACGGGCUUGUGUAAACCACCUUUUGUAUGUACUUGAUGAUCCUUCACUUUCUGCUGUGAUGCAUCUUGAAAUUAUCAGUGUGAGCCUGAUAGUAAUGUCGACUGUUGAACGCAAAUCUAUAUCUUUCUACAAUGCAUUCCUUGGGCAUGCUCCUCCAGACGAACCCCAUACCAAUUUGUCUUAUCAGCUGAGAGCCAACGGAUGGAUGGGAUGAGCUGCACAGAUGCCGGAGCAUCACCUCUGC